CGAGAUUUUCAUUUUUCUUGUGUUUCUGACAAUGCAAGUUUGCUGUGAUCUUCAAGUCGAUGUCAAUGGCGAAGAGGUUUUCAUGGUGGACAAGAAAACGUUGGCGUCUUUCUCCGGUAGAUUUAGCAAAUUAUUUGGUAAACUGAAGGGUACAUCGAGGAGCCUAAAAGUGAUAUUCCAUGACUUUCCUGGAGGUGCAGAGGGUUUUGAGCUCAUGACAAGGUUUUGUUACAAUAAUGGCACAACUGAGAUAACCCCUUCCAACAUAGUCUUACUAUACUGCAUCGCGCAUUUCAUGGAGAUGGAUGGUGAUGGCUCUGGAAGACUCAACAUACUAUCCCAAACAGAGAAAUCUCUUGAAGGGAUCAGCUUUUGGACAUGGCCUAACCUUGUAGUAUCUCUAAAGCAAUGCCAAGAUUUACUUCCUGCCUCAAAUUGUUCAUCAAUAUUGGAGAAAGUCCUGGACUGCCUCAUAGCCAAGCUUUUUUGCCCAUUUGUUAGAAGCACAUAUGCGUCUUCAUCAGAACAUUUGAGUUUCCAGUUUUCAAGUGCAAGGAGCACUCAUAGUAUGAAAACCAAUUGCUUUCAAACAACAUGGUGGGUCGAAGACCUUAUGUUCUUGAGUAUCAAUUUAAUUGAGAAGGUGAUAAGAAGGAUGAUGUUCCAGGAGCUUUAUCAUUCUACAAUUUUCAAGUUUCUAUUCCAUUAUCAUCAAUCAAAGUCUAUGGGUGCCACCACACCAGGUGAGAAGCGCAAAAUUACAGAGGUUGUUAUUAGUCUGCUUUAUUUGCUUGAUAGAAGCUCCCUUUCUUGCAAACGCUUAUUCAAGAUAUACCAACUGGCUUUGAGCCUGAAAAUAAGCAAACUAUACAAAAACAAGUUAGAGAAUAUGAUAGGCUCACAGCUAGAUCAAGCAACGAUUGAUUAUGUACUUGUUCCAUCUCCACGCGGGAAGAAGUACGUAUAUGAUGUGAGUUUGGUUUUAAGAUUUGUGAAAUCAUUUCUCCUUGAAAAGGGAUGCCAUUUAUCUCAGAGCCGCUUAAAAAAGGUCUCCAAGUUGAUGGAUUCAUACCUUGCAGAAGUGGCACCAGAUACCUAUUUGAAUCCUUCAAAGUUUGCAGCAUUGGCGAUGUCACUGCCAGAUUCUGCACGAGAAUCUCAUGACAGACUUUACCAAGCAAUUGGUGUAUAUUUUAAGCGUCACGCUGAUUUAUUCGAAGAAGAGAAGAUGAGCAUCUGUUGUGCACUGAACUAUGAUAAACUAUCAGCACAUUCUUUGAAACAUCUCACUCAAAAUAUAAAGUUUCCUCCAAGAAGAGCAGUUGAAGCUUUUACUACAGAGCAAUCCAAACUGAGAAGUUUACUCCACAAAGCCUACAAUCUCAAGACUUUAGACUCUCUGCUUAUUCACACAGAGAAUGAAAUUAAGCAUGAGAAACAGGACACUGAGCAUAUCAUCCCGAUCUAUACUAAGAAGCUUGAUCUCCCAACAGAGGCAGAGAAGCUAAGAGCAGAUUUGCAAACCAUGCAUUGGAAGACAUUGGAAUUGGGAAAGAGAAGAUCGGGUUGCCGGCAAAGCCAUCACUGAGAGGGAAUACUUGGGUGGUCGACGCCUCACACUGUCAGGGAUGUACUUCUCAGUUCACCUUCAUCAAUCGCAAGCUGCACCCAGCAAAGAAUGUUUUUACGUGGGCAAGGUGAUUCACCUGUACGUAUUUGCGAGCCUUGUAAAAAGCUAGAAGAAGCAGCACGCAUUGAGAGACAUGGGCACAAGACUAGAGCUGGGAGAGGCAGUUUGAAGUUGACAUCAAAGCCUGAGGAUGAAGUUCUGAACCAAAUUCUCGGUAAUGAUAGGAAGGAAUCAGGACAAGAGUCUAACAGUAAUGUGGUUGCUAAUAUGCAGAGGGCCAGUAGCAGUGCAUCAUGUUCAAAUAGUCAAGAAGAUUCCAGCCACAAUGGGGUGGGAGAAAUACAUAGAAGUCUUUCUGUUGAUGAGCCCAAUGAUUUACAGAGUGGUGAUGGAUCUGCUUCUCCUGAGGAGUUGCGUCAGCAAGCUUUGGAUGAGAAGAAGAAGUAUAAAAUUCUGAAAGGAGAAGGGAAGUCUGCAGAAGCAUUAAGAGCGUUUAAGAGAGGGAAGGAGCUUGAGAGGCAGGCUGACGCAUUGGAAAUACAUUUGAGGAAAGAGCGUAAAAAGGUUUUACUCUCUGGCAAUGUGGCUGAGAGCCAAACUAAAGAUGGGCCUUCAGAAUCUGGAAGAAGAAAUAAGGUCACUCCUCCAGUGGGUAAAUCAAAAGAUGACCUUUCCAAUGAGCUUAAAGAACUAGGAUGGUCCGAUAUGGAUCUUCGUGAUGAAGAGAAAAAGCAAGCAAGUCUGAGUUUGGAGGGCGAACUUUCUUCUCUUCUUGGAGAAAUCUCACAAAAGACCAAUCAAAAUAAGGGUAAUAGUGCCAUUGACAAGACCCAGGUUGUUGCACAUAAAAAGAAGGCUCUCAUGCUGAAGCGUGAGGGGAAACUUGCAGAAGCCAAGGAGGAACUAAAGAGAGCAAAAGUUUUAGAGAAGGAACUCGAAGAACAGGAAUUCUUGGCCGAGGCUGAAGAUUCUGAUGAUGAGCUAUCUGCAUUAAUUCGCAGUAUGGAUGAUGACAAACAACAAGAAUUUUCAAUUCAAUAUGAGCAGGAGAAUAACCUUAAUUUUGAUAAUCUUAUUAGUGCUGCUCAUGAUCAUAUUUUGGAUAGUAAUUUUGAAGUGACAGACGAGGAUAUGGAAGACCCGGAAAUAACUGCUGCUUUACAAUCUUUAGGAUGGUCUCAAGAUUCUAAGAAUCCUGAAACCCCUGCUACCCAUAUAGCUGCUGUUGACAGGGAAGUACUAUUAAGUGAAAUUCAAUCCUUAAAACGAGAGGCUCUAAAUCAGAAGCGGGCAGGUAAUGUUACAGAGGCAAUGGCACAGCUAAAGAAGGCAAAACUACUUGAAAGGGACCUCGAAAGCCUUGACUCUCCAGAGGGCAAUGUUGCAAAUGAUCGCACAACAAUUCAUAACCAAACUGCUGAUAAAUCAUCAAAGUCAUUUAUGGUGGGUGAUGGAAAUGUCAAUACAAUAGACGUGAACUCCAAACCUGCAAGGAAGAGUAAAUUAAUGAUUCAGAAAGAGCUUCUGGGCUUGAAAAAGAAAGCCCUGGCUUUGAGAAGGGAAGGACGAUUAGAUGAGGCUGAAGAAGAACUGAAGAAAGGCAGUAUUCUUGAGCGUCAGCUUGAAGAUAUUGAAAAUGGUUCUAUGCUAAAGGCAAUGCCUGGGACUAAUGGCAGUAAGGUCCCAGAUUUGUCACAUGAGCAUCCCAAUCUGCCAGUUGCAGACGAGGAAGGAGACAAUGUAACAGAUCAAGAUAUGCAUGAUCCAACAUAUCUUUCUAUCUUAAAGAAUUUGGGUUGGGAUGAAGAUGAUAAUGAAGUUGCAAACUCAUUAUCCCGGCCUUCUAAGCAAAUUGAUAAUCUUUCCACCAAGGUUGGUGAAUCCUCUGUAACUCAAGCCCCGGCUAAUGUACUGGCUGGAGGAUCAAGGAGAAGUAAAGCUGCAAUUCAGAGGGAACUCUUAGGCGUCAAAAGGAAAGCUCUUUCUCUGAGGCGCCAGGGAGAGACUGAGGAGGCAGAAGAACUGCUGAAAAAGGCAAAAGCAUUAGAGGACCAGAUGGUGGAGAUGGAAGCACCCAAGAAAGAAGUUCAAUCAGACUUUGGUAGGCACAAGGAAAAUAUCACUGAACCUACUCUUAAUAGUGCUGAAGAGGAAGGUGAUGGAGGUAAUGUAACAGAGAUUAAUAUGCAGAACCCAGCAUUUCUCUCAGAGGGAACCUCUUCUUCCAAAGUUGCUGUUUCUGCACCAAGAAGUAAGGGUGAAAUCCAAAGGGAACUUUUGGAUUUAAAAAGAAAGGCUCUUGCCUUUAGACGUAAGGGAGAAACCGAAGAAGCUGAGGAAGUACUGAGGAUGGCUAAGGUGCUAGAGAUUCAAAUUGAAGAAUUGGAUGCCCCAAAGGAUGUGCGUCUGCAUGAUGAUCCAAAGGAAGAGAAUCUCGAGAGUUUUGGAUUACUAAUUAACACUGAAAAGGAGGGGAAUUUGAAGAAUGAUAUGGAAGUGAGAAGGUCUACCCAGACAGCAGUGGGUCCAAUUGACGAAGUAGUUAAGUUGUCAGUGGGUUCGGGAAGUGUAAGAAGUCAUGCAGCUAAUCCUCCUAUAAGGAAUCCUAAUGUUUCCGUUCUCCCAACCUCACAGUUUGCUAAAGAAAACCAACCAUUGCCAGUGGAAUUGGGUGCUUCAGGUAAAACACGUUCUCCAGACAACCAGAGAAUUGCCGGAGGCUUUAGUCAGAUGUCCCCACCUGUCCAAUCUGGGAACUUCGUUGAUUUGUUGACAGGGGAUGACUGGAGAAGUUCACAAAGACCCGUGGAAAAACAAGAUGAUAGCCUAAAAUUUGACUCUGUUGGUUCCUUUGCUGCCAGCCCUCCCAUCCAGUUGGGAGCCCUGGCAUUUUCAAAUGAAGAUCCGGCUAGCCAAGAUAAUGCUAAAAUUCAUAAAGCGGAAGAUACAGUUCUGAUCAAUAAGAAGAGAGAUGCUGAUGAAGCAAAUUCAGUUCAGGAACCUGCUUCCCAGAGCAACCAAAGUGCCAUUCGGCAAGAAAUCCUGGCUUUUAAGAGGAAGGCAUUAGCUUUAAAGAGAGAAGGAAAACUGACAGAAGCUCGAGAGGAACUUCGGCAGGCAAAAUUGUUGGAGAAGCAUCUUGAGGAUGAUAGUCCUCAGUCCAAAACUACUUCAAGUGAUGUUGUUUUGGUUUCAAGUGAUAGUCCUCAGUCCAAAACUACUACCAUUGCUGGCCAAAAGGAUCAUGGUUCACCAUCCUUGGACCCAAAACCAUUGUCCAGUCGUGAUCGCUUCAAGUUGCAACAGGAGUCUCUUGGUCACAAACGUCAGGCUAUGAAGCUGCGGAGGGAGGGUCGGAUGGAAGAAGCGGAAGCUGAGUUUGAAUUGGCCAAGGCACUGGAAAAUCAGUUGGAGUUGCCUGCUCAGGAUUCCACAACUGUUGACAAAGUAGAGCCACUUGAUGAUGUCUCUGUUGAGGGUCUUCUUGAUCCUCAACUACUGUCUGCCUUGAAAGCAAUUGGAAUUGAUGAUACUAGCAUUUUAUCUCAAGGCCCUGGAAGACCAGAGCCUUCCAAAGUUAAUGCUGGUAAGAGCAAUAACCCAACCCAAGAUAGAAGUCAGCUGGAAGAACAGAUCAAGGCAGAGAAGGUAAAGGCGGUAAAUUUGAAACGUGCAGGAAAACAAGCUGAGGCCUUGGAUGCUCUUCGGAAGGCCAAGUUGCUCGAAAAGAAGCUGAAUUCCUCGCCUUCGAAGUGAAAAGUAAAGACGUCACCUUGGUAAGUUGGGAAGGUCCAUUAUUCGUUACAAGCUAUGAAGCUCGAUAGCUCAGUAAAUGUUGUUGGUAUGCAAAAUUAGCCAGGAAACAGGAUGAUUGAGGAUUUAUGCAAGAAUGGUUUUACUCAUUGAAUGGUAAUAACGAAAAUGUAUCAUCAUAAUGUAAAGGGGCAUUUUCUGCCUGCACACUUGGAGAUGUGUUUUUUGCUUGUUGCUUAAAUUUUUUCUCUUUUUCCUUGUGUAUUAUCUGUGGAAGUUGUAAUAGCACGAGAUGCAUGUAUCAGCAGCAGCUUCAACUGAUUCAGUGGCAUCGUUACAUUUGUUAGCAUCAACCUCCUUUCUCCUUUCAGUUUAUUGACUCCAUAUGGGACCAGAAGGUUAUGCAAGGGAGAGUAACAGUUGCUGCUAUAGAUAGAAGAAAAUCUCGAUUUUAGUUGUGGAAAUUGCCAAUUUACCAUCAUGGGUAAAUAAAUAGGAUGAGUUAAACCUGAAUCUGUAACUCUUGAUAUAUACCAUGUAUGUGGCGAAAAAUAUACACGUAUUUGUAACAAAAAAAAAUGCAAUAUAAAGUAGGGAGCUUGUAGCUA